AUGAACUCAUCAUUACGGCAGAGCGUCCGUUGGGUUACAACAAUAGAUGGAUCUGUUUCAAAAGGCACAUCGAUCUCGGAGGAUUCGCCGGCCACCAAAGACAAGUUAGCGCAACCACCUGUGGCUGAAAUCACCACGAUGCUGCAACCACUACUGUCGAGCGUCGUUGUGGAACCACCAAUCAAGGUAAUAGACUCACCAAGGAUAAAUGAUGAACACAGGCUGCGAGAGGGCUACGUCACGUCACAGGAGGGCAAAUAUCCACCCUUGGUGGCUGUCGCUGCGAAGACAGAUUGGGGCAAGGUCGGUCCGCCACCCUUGCUCCUGGAAUCGUCCAAUUCUGCUCAAGAAUAG